GUAUCCCCCCCGCCCGCCCCCGAGCAUGCAGUGCUUCCCCAGCCUGGUGCUGGCCCUCAGCUCGCUGCUGGGCGCCCUGGCGCUGCUGCAGCUCUCGCUGUACCUCCGGGUGCCGUCCCGCUACGGGAAGCACGAGGAGCGGCUGUGCCGGCCGCGGGGCCGGCUGCCGGCGCGCUGCGCCUGGUUCCUGCAGGAGCUGCCCUCCUUCCUGGUGCCUGCGCUGCUGCUGGCGCUGCGCAGCCCGCCCCGCCUCGAGCCGCUCGGCUGCCGCCUCCUCUGCUGCCUCUUCGGCUGGCACUACUUCUACAGGACGUUUAUUUACCCCUUCUUCACUAGAGGCAGACCUUUCCCACUGCAAUUGCUUUUCUUUGGCACAUUAUUCUGUAUCUAUAAUGGCUUCCUCCAGGGGUACUACCUGAUUUACUGCGCUGAAUAUCCAAAUGAUUGGUGUACCGACAUCAGAUUUACAUCAGGGCUCCUCUUAUUUCUGCUGGGAAUGGGAAUCAACAUUCACAGUGAUCUCCUGUUGCGCCAGCUGAGGAAACCCGGGGAGGUCACUUACAAGAUUCCUCAAGGGGGACUGUUCACUUACAUUUCUGGAGCCAACUACUUUGGAGAAAUUGUGGAAUGGUUUGGUUUUGCCAUAGCAACCUGGUCCCUACCAGCCUUUGCCUUUGCCUUUUUUACUCUUUGCUGCAUCGGGCCACGUGCUUAUCACCAUCACAGGUACUAUCUCAAGACAUUUACGGACUAUCCAAAAUCAAGGAAAGCCUUGAUUCCUUUUGUUUUUUAAUGACUGAAAAUGGACUCUGUAUUCUGUUUUUAUAGGGCUUUUUUCAAUUCCUAGUCUUAGUGUUAGUUCUGUCUAUAAUUAAUCGUACAAAUGAUAACCUGGGGUUGUAACAGACAAGAAGAUUGUUUGGUACUGAAGUUCUUAUUUUCACUUACAGGGAAAAUUGCAAAUAGUUGUGGGCAAAGGGACUCCCCAAACAACAUGUUUCCUUGUCAGUGGAGUUCUACCUAUGGAAAAUGGAUAUAUAACUGCACUGACAUCAGAGAGAAAGCAUUGGUGGAGAAAAGUAGAAAGUAAUCCCAUGACUUCAGAGAAAGGCUUCAGCAGCCACUCCAAUUUAUAGCACUUCUGCAGCUGCUUUUUCCUGCCUCCAUCCCGUAGGACGCGUGCCCUCGUUCUGCUGGCACUGCCCUAUGUGUUGCCACACUUUAAACUGGAUUAGGGGUCUCCUUUGCUAGGAAAAUAACCCAGCCCAUCAUUUUUCAUAAAAAGCCAGCUUAGCUCCCAGAACCAUAACACAACAAGAGGAUACUUGUGCCAGAACAAGGCUGGGAGCUGUGUGCCAUGGCACUGAGGCAAUGCUAAAUACACGGAGAUCGAAGUGUCUUAAGCUGGCACUCACAAGCACAACAUCUGCGUUCCUUCCUUAAGCAAUACUCUCCUCACUGUCAGAUGAUUAAUCUUCAGCCAUCAGGGGUUUUUUUUUAAAUGUACUUUGUUAGAGCAAUUGCAGCUCCAUUAGAAUUUUUUUCUCUUGUAAAUCCAGACCUCUUUUCAAAAUAAAAAUUUGUCCACUCAAAACAACCCAAUUGUUAUUCAUAAAAAGACUUGAGAUGGUGAUAUAUGACAAAAAUUACAACAAAUAAAAAGCUCUGUGUUGAAGAAAAUGUUCUCCAACACUGGCUGUACAUUUUGUGUACGGAGAACAUUUUCAGAUACUCCUAUUAGGAAAUGAUACAGAGAUAUUAUCGAAUUUUCACAAAAACACAGGAUGUCUCUUUUUAAUUUCAGACUAGUGUUAGGAAUUUUCCCAAAAAUGUCAUUAAGCCCAAUAAGAAGAGACAGCCGCAUGGAUGCUGAUAGUUUUAGUUACUCUUUAGAGCGUAAAAAUCCUGCUAAGAAUUAUGCUGAGUAGCUGGAAAGAAAAAGACCGGACCACACACACUGAACAUACUACCUGCUGCUGGAGUAACCUGAUUGUACACAAUUUUCUCCAAAACACAAUAAAAUCUAUG